AUUGCGGUUUUUAACAUUAGCAUAAUUGUUGCUCGAAAGGAUAGAAGUUUACUUUAAAGUCCCAGGUGAUACCCAGAAACAGUCGCAGAUAAAGUUCUGAAAUGGCGUUGAAACUGGUUGUUAAGGUCAGUUGAUAUUUUAUAGUUAUAUUUUCACAAGACAGACUUUUUCAAAAGAAAACCCAUACUUACUCAAGCGUUAUUUUUACAUUUAGGGCUCCAACGAUCAUAAGAAAGCACUCAGCCAGCUCGGCGACUGUCCAACCAGUCAGCGAUUUGUGAUGGUAUUAGGUCUAAAGGGAAUCCCAUUCCAGAUAGAAUACGUGGAUCUCAAUAAAAAUGCCAAGUAUAAAAAACUACCUGUCCUUGAACCCGGCGAUAGAGAGCCGAUAGAUAACUACGAGGCGAUUGAGGAUUACAUAGAGAAUAACUUUCCAGAACCAGAUCUAAAGAUUGCAGAAUACUCUAAGGCCGACAAAGCUGGACAAGAUCUAUACUCAAAAUUUGCGAAAUUUAUGCGUAACAGCAACCCUAAACUCGACGCUAAGCUUCGUGGUGAUCUAAACAGGGAAUUGCUUAAGCUCAACGAGUUUCUGGAAAAUGAGAGCCCGGGAGCUUACUUGGAUGGCGAAAAACUGAAGCUCCCUGACUGUAACUUACUGCCAAAGUUGAUGCAUGUGAAGGAAGCUGGAGAACUAAAAGGGUUUACAAUAUCUCAAGAAUAUGGAGGUGUACUAGAAUAUCUAAAACAAGCUACAAGGCAAAAAGUUUUCCGCGAUACUUUCACUGACCAAGUGAAAGAAGACAUUAAAUCGGGCUGGUGGAAGAAAAUGGGAAAUUAA